AUGUUAGGUGACAGAUUUAAAGACAACGAAGAUGGAGAGGAGGAAAGUGUUCGACAUGAGAACACUCAAGCCACUGAAAAGGUGGAAGUAUCUGUUAAAGCGAAGGUGGAGUUGCCCACCAACGAGAGAACUGAAUUGACAAUAAAGGAGAAAGGAUGCAGUUUUAAAACAUUCAAAGGCAUCGGGCCGAAAGAAUUUAAGGGAAUAGAGGGCCCAGUUGGCCUGAUGGAUGGAGGUGAUGAGGAUAUUGCUGCCAUGACUUGGGAGCAAAUGAAAAAGAUGAUGAUGGAUAAGUACUGCACACAAUCGGUGGUGAACAAGCUAGAAUCAGAAUUUCUGAGAUUAAAGCAAGGUUCGUUGUCGGUUCAAGAAUAUGUUAACGAUUUUCUUGAAAAAGCGAGGUUCGCCAGUUACCAGGUGGCUACCGAGGAGAGAAAGAUAGGUCGUUUCAAAGAUGGCUUAAGAAUCAAAAUCAAACGGUACGUAGAUAUGACUAAACCAACCACAUUUGUACAAGCAGUGGAGAUGGCAAAGGUGGCAGAGGAGAACAACGCUAGGGAGAAUUGUGAUAGAAGAGAGGCAAAGAGAAGAUGGGAAGGAUCGAACAAGUUCAACAAGAAACCAAAAUGGACUCCGACUCUGGCAAAAACACGAAGCGAGGGAUUCACUAUUCCUCCAUGUAACAAAUGCAAUAAGAGACAUAGGGGAGAGUGCAGAGCGGGGAGCCUGACAUGCUACAAAGGUGACAAACCUGGGCAUACCACGCGAGAGUGCCCAGAAGGAAAAACUUGUUAUGAAUGUGGGGCUACGGGACAUUUACGACCUGACUGUCCAAAACAUUGA